AUUUAAAAAAAAACAGAGAAAUAAAAGUGAAAAAGUGUUGAAUUUGGCGCGUCUGAAUCUAGCUAUAAACAGGAUACCCCAUCGGAAUCUUCCUUCCACAGAACGCACCACACCACACCUCAUCGGAAUAUUCCUUUCUUUUCGGUUUCAAUCUCUGGAUCCGUCGUGACAGACGGCAUGGCCACUUCCAAUGGCUUCGUCGACGGCACUCCCUCGGAAUCUGCAUUGAUCUUUCUCGGCACCGGUUGUUCGAGCAUGGUUCCCAACCUCAUGUGCCUCCUUCAGCCUUCCGACCCUCCCUGCCCCGUCUGCGUCCAGUCAUUGUCCAUCCCUCCCGAACGAAACCCUAAUUACAGGUGCAAUACGUCUCUCCUAAUUGACUACGGCGCCGCCGCCGCCAACGGUGGCGAUCGCAAGUAUAUAUUGAUCGAUGUCGGCAAGACGUUCAGGGAGACCGUGCUUAGGUGGUUCGUUGCCCAUCGGAUUCCCAGAAUUGAUUCUAUUAUUUUAACUCAUGAACAUGCCGAUGCAGUCCUUGGAUUGGAUGAUAUACGUGCUGUGCAGGCUUUUAGUCCAACAAAUGAUAUUGAUCCCACACCCAUAUACUUGAGUCAGCAUUCAAUGGAUAGCAUAGCAGAGAAGUUUCCUUAUUUGGUUCAGAAAAAGCGCAAGGAAGGAGCAGAAAUACGAAGGGUGGCUCAAAUUGACUGGAACAUUAUUGCGGAUGACUGCAAUCAACAGUUUUUUGCGUCGGGAUUAAAAUUCACUCCUUUACCAGUUAUGCAUGGAGAGGAUUACAUCUGUUUGGGCUUUCUUUUUGGUGAGAAAAACAGGGUGGCUUAUAUAUCUGAUGUUUCCCGGUUUCCUGCUAGUACAGAGUAUGUCAUCUCAAAAAGUGGAGCUGGACAGUUGGAUCUUCUUAUAUUGGAUUCUUUAUAUAGGACUGGGUCACACAAUGUUCACCUUUGUUUUCCACAGACUCUAGAAACUGUGAAGAGGUUGUGUCCAAAGCAAACACUACUAAUUGGCAUGACUCACGAGUUUGAUCACCAUAAAGACAAUGAGUUUUUGAUGGAGUGGUCCAGAAGGGAAGGAAUUCCGGUGAAGCUUGCUCAUGAUGGUUUGAGAGUCCCCAUAAACUUAUAGUAAGGGAAGGUUAAAGCAUGUGACAAUGUAUACCGCAUACUGUUGAUCUUAAUUAGAUUGGAUUGGAGCAUUAAUAUUCUUUACAGAAUAUCCUCAAUUUCUGCUGUAGUAAAAAGCCACAUUUUUGCUAGAGGUCGCAUUUCUGGAUAUGAGAAGAGGAUAACUUACUUUGAUGGAAAUCCCAAUUCUUCUUAUUGAACUCGUGAAAGCUUGUAUUAGAAUAAUUUUAUAAUCGACUCCUUGAUGCCGGAAAACAAAUUGAGUGGGCAAUGAGUUUUAAGAGCUAAAAAAAUCCACAUCUUAAAUUUCUUCUGCAAUCACUGUGCGUUACUCUACGAUGAAACUAAUCUGCUGGCUACAAAGUUGUAUUAUUCAAUUGUAUGGUAAUUGUUAUAAAUAACAAUUGGUCAACUUGACAUUGAGUUUUGCUCA